AUGAAACUUGAGGUGACGCAGCUGACGGGCUUCUCGGACCCCGUGUACGCCGAGGCGUACGUGCACGUGAACCAGUACGACAUCGUGCUGGACGUGUUGGUGGUGAACCAGACGGGCGACACGCUGCAGAACUGCACGCUGGAGCUGGCGACGCUCGGCGACCUGAAGCUGGUGGAGAAGCCGCAGCCGGUGGUGCUGGCGCCGCGCGACUUCUGCAACAUCAAGGCCAACGUGAAGGUGGCCUCCACCGAGAACGGCAUCAUCUUCGGCAACAUCGUGUACGACGUGAGCGGCGCGGUGUCCGACCGCAACGUGGUGGUGCUGAACGACAUCCACAUCGACAUCAUGGACUACAUCGUGCCGGCCUCUUGCACUGAUUCUGAGUUCCGCCAAAUGUGGGCGGAGUUCGAGUGGGAGAACAAGGUGUCCGUCAACACGACGCUCACCGACCUGCACGAGUACCUGCGCCACCUGCUGCGCUCCACCAACAUGAAGUGCCUCACUCCAGAGAAGGAAAGAAGCAAGAGAAAUGUUUAA